AUGGGUUACAAUCUGUUGGAAUUUAAAAUACCAAAUGGAGAUUACCAAGAGGAUUGUGAUGCAAAAGGAAGCAAAACUUGGAAUGGUUCCCAAGAUCAUUCCAUUUAGAGUAUUGGCCAAGCUUUGGUCUUUGUAUGUGCUACCUCAUAUUAGAUAUACGAAGAUGGCGAUUUGGAAAUAUAAGAAAUCAACGAUUGCAGCUGCAUAUAAUUAAAAGAAAUUCAUUAGAAGAAUAAUGGGUUUGAAUAAGAGCUUUCCAAAGAAUAUUAUGGAUAAUAUUAUAGGUAGAGUGAAGUUUGA